AUGAAAUUCUUCAAGGCUUGUGUUGUCGGUUUGGCUUUAAUAGCUCACUGUGUCGCCGCUGAGGAUGCAAAGACCGAUAACAAACAGACCAACAAGAGAAGCUUAGGCCUUUCAGGAUCAUCGUACGGACUCUCCGGCCUGUCGGGAUACUCCAGCUCGUCAUCAUACGGAUACGGCUCCGGCCUGCCUUCAUACUCACCAGGCAUCGGCCUCGCCGCCCCCAUCAGUCACGGAUAUUCCGCCCCCAUCAGUCACGGAUAUUCCACCCCCAUCAGCCACGCAUAUGCCGCUCCCUCAAGUUACGGAUACGCCGCCCCGGCUAGUCUCGGAUACUCUUCCUUCGCUGGUCACGGUUACUCCGCCCCCAUCGGUCUCGGGUACGCUUCCUCAGCUGGACUCGGGUAUGCUUCCUCCGCUGGACUCGGAUACUCUUCCUUGGCUGGUCAUGGUUAUUCCGCCCCGAUUGGUCUUGGUUACGCCGCCUCUUCCGGUUAUGGAAUAGCUGCCCCGUCUUACGGUUAUGGUAUCUCAGCUGCGUCUGCCGUUCCAACUAGAGUCAGCACUUCCAACCAGAUAGUGUCCGUAUCCGUACCACAGCCAUAUGCCGUUCCAGUGACCCGUCACGUGCCCGUACCAGUCGCACAACCCGUGCCGGUGUCCGUACCCAGAGCCGUCCCAGUCAGCGUACCUCACCCAGUGCCCGUCACUGUGAACAGGCCAUACCCAGUCGAUGUUCCCAGGGCUGUCCCAGUCAGUGUGCCCCACCCAGUUCCAGUCUCCGUUAGCCGACCAGUGCCAUACCCAGUGCCACAGCCGUACCCAGUAGAAAUCCAACAACCUGUCCCAUACUCCGUCCCGACCCCAGUCGUCGCUCCAGCUCCUGUCUCAUAUGCCGUCGCUGCUCCAGCCCCAGUCUCGUAUGCCGUCGCUGCUCCAGCCCCAGCCAUCAGCUACGCAUCCGCACCAGCUUACGCGUCGGAAUCUUACGCACCCUCUUACGCUUCAGCAUCGUACAGCGCCGCCGCACCAUCUUACUCUUCCGCUUCGUACAGCGCAGCCGCACCAUCUUACUCUUCAGCUUCGUAUAGCGCACCCGCACCAUCUUACUCUUCAGCUUCGUACAGCGCACCCGCACCAUCUUACUCGUCCGCGUCUUACAGCGCACCCGCUCCAUCAUACUCGUCGUCGUCUUAUAGCGCACCAGCUCAAUCAUACUCUUCGGCUUCCCUGAGUUCGUCCGAUUACUCCGGUGUCCAGUCCGGUAGCGGAUACAGCUCGUCAUCGGGCAUCAGUUCCUCGUAUGGACCACCGUCAUCAAGCUAUUCAGGCAGCAGCGAAUACAAGAAGUAUUGA